UGCUGCGUUGCACGCUCAAGGCUACCAGCACCUCCGGUGGACAAUCCCCCGCUCACGCCGAUGUAUGAUUCGCUAACCGCAAAUAUCCCGCACCCCAUGAUGGCCUAUCCGUCUUAUCCCUUCCCGCCCGGCACGUUGCUAUAUCCUCCUGCAUCGGCAGUGUUGCAGUAUCUCAACGAUUAUGCGACACAUUUUGAUCUUCGCAAGCACAUUCGUGUCAAAACCACUGUGCAGAACAUAGACUGGGAUGCAUCAUUGUUCCAGUGGCGCGUGCGCACGACUCCCACUAGCUCCGCCUCGGAGGCAUUUGCGAAGGAGUCGUUCUACGACCUUGUCGUUGUUGCGAACGGGCAUUAUAGGAUCCCAUUCUAUCCACUGACGCCUGGGCUUAGAGCCUGGCUGGAAUCUGGAAAAGCCGUGCAUGCUGCAUGGUAUAGACACGCAGAGUACCAUGGCGACACUGUUCUCGUCGUUGGCCGAGGGCCGAGUGGUGUCGAUGUCGCGGACGAGAUGCGUGAAGUCUGCAAGACUCUGGUUCACUCUUUUCCCGAGGCGACAAGGGAGGAUCGUGAAGAUGGUACUCUCAAACUUCGAGGACGCAUCGCCGAGUUUCUCGACCCACACGAAGGUCGUGUGCGAUUCGAAGACGGCACAGAAGAAACGGGAAUUGACUACUCUAUCUUGGCAACUGGCUAUGAACACUCCCUGCCUUUUCUUCCUCCGCACCUCUUGGAGCUUGCCUUGCCACCACCUAUCCCCCCGAUACCGGAGAAAUUGUACAAUUCCAAGUUCCACAUAUUUCCUCUUGCGAAGCAGAUCUUUCCUUUGGUCACGUCUUUCCCGUUAUCUCGUCUCGCAUUCUUGGCACUACCGUACCGCAUCAUCCCCUUCAUCUUCGCCGAAAUCCAGACCCGCGCUGCGCUUAGAGCCUUCACCGAUCCAAGCUCGCUUGACCCCGCUCGCGAGGCUGUCGACAUCGUCUCGCGAUAUGAGGAGCUCCGCGCUCAAUUCGGCGAUAACGAGCUGGCAAUCGCCCGCGCGUGGCACAAGAUGGAGGCUGAACAGUUCCCAUAUCUUGAUACACUUCUCCAAUUUGUGGCCGGCGAGCAUGGAAAUCCCGCUUGGAAGUUGCCCGACUGGGUGCUUGAGAUUUGGCACCGCAAGGACACUCUUCGUGCCCAAUGGAAGGAAUUAGUCAGGAUCGGCGAGGCGGAAAAGUGGGUUGAGGGCGUUGGCAAGUCCGGUGGCGAAGAGGGUAUUCAAGAAUGGGUCGAGAUGAUGAGGCGUGUCAUUCGGAGGGCUGAGCACCAGAGGGUCAAAGUCUCGAUAGACACAGCGAAGAUAAACAGGCUCUGAAACGGCUCGAAUGGAUCCAUAGGCUGGGGAUCACUUUCCAUACUCUGCCGCCGUUCACACUAGAUGUGCUGCGAGGUGUUAGAUGAAGCGUUGCAUUGUAACAAUCCCUGCAAAUAUUUUCAUCUUUAUCCAUGCUUCGCGUGUAGCAAGCGUGUAGAGUGGCAC